AAUCACAGAAUUGAAUGUCUCUCACAGUUUGCUGUAUCAUUUGCACGUAACUAUUUUAGAAAUGUUUCUUUCGGAGAAGUAUUUUUAGAUUGUUCUCGUCAAGGUUGUUGUCACAGGCGAAGAUAUUUCAAAGGAGCUGAAUUCGGUUGCAUCAGAGCUUGCAGCUCGUCAGGAGGAGAGUGAACAAUCUCACAAGCAUCUAAUAGAACUGAGCCGAGAAUUCAAAAGAAAUGUACCUGAGGAGAUUAGAGAAAUGGUGGCCCCUCUCCUAAAGAGCUUUCAGGCUGAGGUGGUAGCACUUAGUAAAAGAAGCAAGGAGGCCGAGGCUGCCUUUCUUAAUGUUUACAAGCAAUUAAUAGAAGCGCCAGACCCUGCUCCUUCUCUUGAAGCAGCACGUAACCUAGAGGAGAAACUGCUCCAGCUCCAACGUAAUGACCCAGAAAAUCGAAGAGGGAAGGAGAUCCUGAGACACUGUAAGAAACAAUCUGAGCUAUUCAACUGUGAAGCCACAGAACAAUCAGCAGAAACCUCUCCAACUGGCUUUGAGGCGUCUGAAGAAUUACAAAAGACCAGCACAGACAGCACAGCACUUAAAAGCGAUAACCUGUCACAGAAAAAUGAGGCAGAAAAAGAAAGGAGACUACAGGAAGCACAGAUCACCUUGGCUGCCAGACUUGGGGAAGCAGAAGAAAAAAUUAUGGUCCUUCACUCAGCUUUGAAGACAACACAAACAGAGCUCCUGGACCUGAGGUGCAAAUAUGAUGAAGAAGCAGCAUCGAAGACAGAUGAAUUGGGAAUGAUCAUGACCAACUUAGAAAAGGCUAACCAGGAUCAAGCAGACGUUUUGAUGUGCCCUGGUUCAAGGCUGGAGGCAGCCCUGGUUGCUAAAGACCGAGAGAUUAUCCGAUUGUUGAAAGAGAUUCAACACCUCCAGACUGCCCUGCAUGAACUCCAGGAGAGUUCAGCAAAUCAGAUUGCACAGUUGGAGCGGCAACUAGCAAGAAAGACUGAAGCUGUGGAGAAAUUAGAAAAGAAGCUAAGUGCACAAUUAGACCACAUGGAACAGAAAACAGAAUUAAGCAUUUUCAAAUCAGUGAACCCAGUGUCUGCAAAUGGCUGUGCAUCCCAGGAUAGAAGUAAAGACACGGAAGAUUCUUUACCGGAAAAAGAGAUGACCCCUCAACCUGAGAAGAAAUGUUUACAAGAGAAGCUAAACACAAAUUCAGACAUGGAUGAGGAGCAACCUGAAGAGAACUCCGUGAAAGACACUCUGAGCAUUGUGAAAGACACCUUAAGCACAGAGCGCCCUUCACCUUCUCCUCUGCCAGUGCCACAUUGGUCAGGAGACGAGCAAGCCUCUCCAAAGUCCGUACCAGCACAUGGCUCAGCCCGAGGAUCGGAAAUAUCUGGAGCAUUUCCUGUCUCUCCAUUCACUUUGGUAAAAACAAACGAGAAACCCUGUGUAGAGCCACUGCACCAUAAACCCGUGAUGUCACCCCUUUACACAAAGGAAGCUGCAAGUACAGUCGUUUACCCAACUGCACUCUACUCUGCCAAGGGAGCGUUAAUUGUUGGGAACAGUUCCAAUAACUCUGAGGCAGUUCCACCGAGUGACCAUUCAGAAAGCAGCAGUUCGAGUGGUGCCGAUGAAGAACAUCUGGAGACAGCUGAAAUUGCUUUUCAGGUUAAAGAGCAACUGCUAAAGCACAACAUUGGACAACGUGUGUUUGGACACUACGUCCUGGGAUUAUCACAAGGAUCCGUUAGUGAGAUUCUUGCCAGACCCAAACCAUGGCAUAAACUUACUGUUAAAGGAAAGGAGCCUUUUAUUAAAAUGAAGCAGUUUCUAUCUGAUGAGCAAAAUAUCCUUGCUCUUCGAACAAUUCAAGUGCGGCAAAGAGGGAGUAUAACUCCUAGGAUUCGGACUCCAGAGACUGGUUCAGAUGAGGCAAUUAAAAAUAUUCUGGAGCAGGCAAAAAAAGAGCUUCAGACUCAAAAAUGUGUUGAAUCGAAAAGCUCUCCAUUGCCUAUAUGCAGUACAAGUUCCAGCAGUAGUGCUGGUUCUGAUGAAGCAAUUCGAUCCAUCCUGGAGCAGGCCCGAAGAGAGAUGCAAGCCCAACAGCAAGUCCUGUUGGAAAUGGAGACCAACAGCAACAACAACACAAUGCCAACUCCCCACGUAGAAACUUUACCAGCUACAAACAAAAUCCCUCUUUCCUCAUACAUCAAGCAAGAGGAAGGCAUGGCAACGAGAAGUUCGCAGACUCCUCUCAGUGUUGUAUCACCUGCGGCCUUUGUACAGAACAUAAUACGAAAGGUGAAAUCUGAAAUUGGUGAUGCUGGAUCGUACUUUGACCAGCACUGGGCCACUGAGAGAAAUAUGGCUCAUAGAUUGUAUGCUUCAGUAUCACCAUCACCAUCAUCCUCUUCGUGUGGUUCUUCAGGGACAGGGAAUGUAAGACAGUGGCGAGCUGAACCUAGUGACAACAGCAAAAAUGGUGAGGAACAUUCAUUUGGUGUUGAAGGUACUCACAAACUUACAGAUAUAAAAUCUGAGGGCAGUCCGGACUCGCAAAAUAUUGGCCAGCUUUCUGUAUUCCCUACGUAUGUCCCACGUUCGCUGAAACCAACGGUUCCUCCAUUGACUCCAGAACAGUAUGAGAUGUACAUGUAUCGGGAAGUGGACACUAUAGAGCUGACUAGACAAGUUAAAGAAAAACUGGCAAAAAAUGGAAUCUGUCAGAGGAUCUUUGGUGAAAAGGUGCUGGGUCUAUCCCAGGGGAGUGUGAGUGAUAUGCUUUCUCGACCUAAGCCAUGGAGUAAGCUAACUCAGAAAGGUCGCGAGCCUUUUAUCCGCAUGCAGCUGUGGCUCAUUGAUAAGUUAGGCCAGAGUACCCACCCUCCCCAACCUAUACAAGCAGCAAAUAAUGCAGUUCAGGCCAGGUAUUCACCGUCCCCUCCACCCAGCCCCACUGACUGUGAGAAGAGCCAGCAGGAACCAGUGUGUGCAGCUCUGGAAAGCACGAAAGAGAACCAGCAACCUGAAAGCCAAUCAGCUUCUCACUCACUGAGUGGUAAGAGUCUGUCCAACGGCCAAUCACCCACAGGCAUACAGGAAAUGGUAGCUGUGUCUUCUGAGUUGGACACUUAUGCCAUCACCAAGAAGGUUAAGGAAGUAUUGACGGACAACAACUUAGGUCAACGACUCUUUGGAGAGAGCAUUUUAGGACUGACCCAAGGCUCUGUCUCAGAUUUACUUUCUCGGCCUAAACCUUGGCAUAAGCUUAGCCUGAAGGGGAGGGAACCAUUUGUCCGUAUGCAGCUGUGGUUAAGUGAUCCAUUCAAUGUGGAGAAGUUGAGAGACAUGAAGAAAAUAGAAAAAAAAGCCUAUUUGAAGCGCAGAUACGGAUUAAUAAAUGGUGGAUCUGAUAGUGAUUCUCCGAGCACCCAGUCAGAAUCGGCUAGUCCUGGCAUUCAGCAUCAAGUAUUCCAUCAUUACCAGGUCAAAAAACCCAGAGUGGUGCUUGCUCCUGAGGAGAAGGAGGCCCUGAAGAAAGCCUAUCAGUUAGAGCCAUACCCUUCUCAACAGACCAUUGAGGCCCUAGCCUCUCAACUGAACCGUAAGACUAACACAGUAAUCAAUUGGUUCCAUAACUACAGGUCACGUGUUCGAAGAGAAACACUUGUUGAAGAUCUUCAGGAGAAUGACACAGACCAGGAGCCAACCAGUUAUCGAGGGUAUACAAUCCACAAUCAUUCUCUUAGUGUUGGUCCACCACAGAGUUCUGACUCUGAGCCAGAAGACAAGAAAGCCAUGUUUACUGAAAUGAAGGACAAACGACCACCAUUGGAGGCAGAUGAGGUGGUGAACAGGGAGAUUAAACAGGAAUUCUGUGAGCAUUGUGAAGAAGAGGAUUAUGACCAUUGUGAUACCUGUUGCAUUCAAAAUGACACAGGAAGUGCUGGUUCAUUUGUACGCCUCCCUGGCACUGUAAAACAGGAGAGAGUAGGGACAGGCUGCAACCACGAGACACAUUCAUUAAAGACUACCACGGUGCUGCAUAUCCAGAAUCCUCAGUGCUUGAUCAUUGGUUCCUCUAAUUAUGAGAAAAUUCAUGUUAACUCCUCGGACCUCAUGUCUCCAGACAACUCGCCAAAGCCUAAUGCAAGCGUUUCUGCGCCAAAAGUUACAGAAACCAAUGGCCUAAACCCUAACAGUUUCAAAGCAUUCUCUGAACCUCCAUGUGGUAAUCUGGAGGUGACUCUGAAUCCUCCUUCUGCAGCAUCUUCUCCAGGCUUAAUGCCAGUUUCUCCAGUGCCGAUCUCUUCUGCUCCCAUCUCUCCGUCAGUGCCUACCAUUUCAAAGGGGCAGUGCUUGAUCCCUGGCACCGAUGUGGUUGCUUUACAGUCGAGCACAAAGUUAAAUAAAAGUAUCCAGAGGCGGCAUGCAAAGAUGGCGAAUCUGAACAACAUAAUUCAUCGACUUGAAAGGGCAGCCAAUCGAGACGAACCCACAGACUGGGAGUUCUAAUGAAAUGUUUUUUAGUGAGCAGUGACUUUAUUAUUUGCAAAAUAGGAUGCAACUCUGAACUCUUCAAGAGUAGGAAGAAUUUUAAAUGUUUAAUUUAAAUUGAGACUUGGCAAAGCCAAAACUGCAGUAAUUUUUGCUGGAGAAUUGAAUUUUAUGAAUUUACUCUUCAAUUAAUCUUCCAGAAUCGCAUUUAGCAUCUGAGGAAAAAAAAUAUUGACCACUAUUUUAAACAAAAAAUUCAAACAACUUUUAGAAAAAAUAUUUAUUUGUACAAGUCUUAUAUUAAGGACUGGUUGCAAACUCUGCUGUAGCAAUUUUCCUAUUUGCCAUUAGCUACAGAAUGAAAAUAACAAACAUUGAUUUUGUGCCACUAAAUGCACACUUGAAGUCCUGUAGUUUGCCACAGGAAGAGAUUAAAGACGAUAGUAUAAAGCCAUUAAACAGCACUAUGAUCCAGAAGGCUGACCAAAUUUGCUAGCUUAUGGAUAGAAAUUGUUUUCUUAAAUUUUGUCUGCAAGACAACUAAUUCAUAUUAACAGAAGUGGACUCUGAUAUAGUCAAGAAGACUCUAAAAAUAGGAACCUCAACACCAUGAACUAUGUACUUAGUUAUUGGUCAUGUGUUUUCAAACAUUUGUAACACAGGGUGUUAUGUGCAAUUGUAUAUGUUGUAGAAACUUCUGCAAUAGCCUUCCUUGAACAAGAUGUAGCAUGGUACGUGAUUAACUCUUCACCCCCAUUAGUCAUUCACCCAUGGUGUUCUGAAGAAUGCCAAAAGCCUAAUGAACAGAACUUUGCCUGACAAAAACAAAUAAUCUUGGAGUUUACAUUUUGUUUUUCUAACCAACUAUGAAUCAAAUCGGAAAUGUUAACGAGGCAGCUGAUUAAAAUCUCUGGUUUUGAAGGAGAAAUUCUACUUCCUGAAUUGCAGUGGUCUGGUGUUCAGCAAUAGCACAUUAUUCUGUGCGUGAACAUCCUCUGUUACUGUAACACAGCUGGCCUUUUCAAAUCAGUCUUGAUUUUUGUCCACAUUUUGAAGUUUUCUUUUCUCACUUUUUAAGAUAGAGUUGAUGUGAUGGCAUUGGUGUAUUCUCUCAUUACAGAAGGUUGAUGUGGCUUUUGGCUCUUCAGGAUUUCCUCUUGCACUUGAUUUUGUCUUGUACCAGAUCUAAAUCCUGUUUUGCUCAAGGCUACGGUAAUGCACUUGAUCAUAUUCAGCUGAUCCUUUUAUCCCUAUGUUCAUCUUAUCUUUUGUAUCUGUUAAAAAGAAAACAUGAAGGCUGAUCUUUGCCCAGCCUUUGUAGUUUUUCUUUGCACUCGGUCACUAAAUACAGUAUAUUUCUGUUUGCAUUGUGUAAGAGGAUGGACCUGCACAUUGAUUUAUUCUCUGAUGCAGUAUUCCAAAUAUGUUUUUUAUGUCUCUGUAUUUGGAUUAGUUGUUUAAAAUAUUACAGAUCUGCAACAGUCCAAGUAGUAGGACAACUAAAGAGAUAUUCAAAAGAAGACAAACUGUAUUGCAAUGACAUUAUUGCUUUCAUAACGUUGUUCAUUCUUAUGUUAUCACCAGUGUUUUAUGGUUCUUCUUUUAAAGACAGCUGAUUUUUUUCCCCCUGAGAAGUAUAGACAAAAAGAAUAAGGACCAGCUCAACAAAAGUCAAACAAAUUAAAAUUGACACAAAGUAAGAGAAAAUACAAUCAAAUAAUUGA